AUGAGUAAGCUUACUCACACAGAUAUAAUUGAUUUAUUAGAUGGGAAUAUCUCUGAAUUAAGUGAUUUAGAAAGUAAUACCGAUAGUGUUGGAGAGAUUGAUGAACUUUUAGACAAUUUUGAUGAAAACGAAAUCUUUGAAUUGCUUGACUAUAAUGAUAUUGAGAAUGUAAAUUACUUCCCGGAAGUUGAUGUCCCAGGUUGGUUUACCAUCGAAAAAAAAAAUAUGAAAUGGGAACAAAAACCUUUUACACCCCCUAAAAUAAAUUUAAAUGAAAUAGAACAAUCUGACUGUCCCGAUGAAAUACAAAGUCCAUUAUAUUAUUUUUCUAAAUAUUUCGAUGAUUCUGAUUUUGAAAAUAUGUCAUUUUUUACAAAUUUAUACGGUGUUCAAAAAAAUACAAAUAAUUUUAAACCUACAAAUACUCAAGAAAUGAAAGAAUUCGUAGCUAUACAUUUAAUGAUGGGUGUUUUGAAGUUCCCGCGUAUUCGCAUGUACUGGGAAAAUAAUACGCGAAUACAUAUAAUUGCGAAUACAAUGAACAGAAACCGUUUUUUUAGUAUAAGGUCACAUUUUCAUGUAAUCAAUAACAUGGAUAUUCCUACUAAUAAUCAUGACAAAUUUAUUAAAGUUCGCCCACUUUAUGACCGUAUUAAAAAAGCUUGUUUAAAAUUACGUACUGAAAAAUAUUUAUCGGUGGAUGAACAGAUUGUGCCAUUUAAAGGCCAUCUGUCAGUGAAACAAUAUAUCAGAGGAAAACCAAAUCCAUGGGGUAUAAAAAUUUUUUUAUUAUGUGGUCAAAGUGGCAUUGUGUACAAUAUACUUUUGUAUCAAGGUUUUAUGCCUGAAGUAUCCGAAGAAUCGCGAAAAAUAUUUGGAUUAGGUGGAGCAGUUGUUUUGUAUUUAUCUGACCAUUUGCAAUGUAAUCGCCACUAUCUAACGAUGGAUAAUUUUUUCACAUCGAUAAAUUUAAUGUAUACACUACAAAAAAAAGAAAUUUAUGCGACAGGUACUAUACGUGCAAAUCGUUUUUGUAAUCCUCCAUUUGUAUCAGACAAAAUAAUGAAAAAUUUAGGAAGAGGGACAACAUUUGAAAUCAGCUCUAACGUUCCAGAUAUAAAUAUAGGUCUUGUUAAGUGGUACGAUAAUAAACCUAUAUAUUUAUGCUCCAAUAUUGUGACAUCAGGAGAAGUGGACAAGGUAAAAAGAUGGGACCGCAAAAAAAAAGAAUAUGUAUACAUCGAAAGACCUGAAAUAGUACGUCACUAUAAUAAGACAAUGGGGGGUGUCGACAAGCAUGACCAACUUGUGAGCUUUUAUCGUUGUUUUAUUAAAUCUAAGAAAUGGACAUUACGUAUGGUCAGUCAUGCAUUCGAUAUGGCUGUAAGUAACAGUUGGCUAGAAUAUGUUGAAGAUGCUAAAAAAUUAAAAGUCCCUAAAAAAGAAAUUAUGGACUUACUAAAUUUUCGAAUGAGAUUGGCAGAAGAGUUAAUUUAUGUGGGUAAAACAGUAAAUCCCCCUUCAAAGAAAAAAGGACGACCAACAAAUACACCAUCACCUGUUGCCAAAAAAAAAUUAUAUUCGGAAACUCAAAAGAUGAUGCUUGUUGACUCACGACCGACAACGUCUGUUCAACAUGAUAGCAUAAAUCAUUUGCCAAAUUACGAUGGAAGGAAAGAGUCAACUAGGUGUAAAAAUACAGGGUGUAAAGGAAGGACACAUGUAUAUUGCAACAAAUGCAAUGUACAUUUAUGCUUUACUUCAAAAUCGAAUUGUUUUUCUGUAUUUCAUGUGAAAUAA